CACAUCUCAACUUCCACGCAGACAGAUGGAGGGACCGAGAUUUAGAUGUUUCUGGGUGCUGCUCGCAGUACUCGUGCUACGCACCCAUGCGGCCUGCACGAGUUACGGGGUGGACUACUCCAAUGGGGGCACUUAUAAUAUCGACGGGUCCUCGAACCAGUACUUCAGUUUCGUCACGGUAUUCCAGGGAUGCAACCAGGAAUCUAUAAAUCCCGUCCUAGUUGGACCCGACCAGAACGAAUAUGCCUGUUCCGCCAUCAGGACGCAGCCUGCCGGUACCCAGGUGACAUCGACUUGCGGCAUUCCGUACUCGGCCAUGCAGUCUGGGACCUGGCGUAUUAUCGUCUCUGGGGACCAGAUAGCCACCCAACGCACUGUCAAGCUCGUCGUUGGUCUCCCCCAGACAACAUGGAUCACGGCGACCCCUACUGUCGUGAUUGGAUAUACCGUCACGGCGAGGGCCCAGACCGUUAUUAGCACGCUCUCCCAGACCCAGACACUUAUUCUAGUCCCCCCAACCGUGACGGCUCCAUGCACUGGCGGAACAAGAACAGUCACGUCCUACCCCCAGGGGCCCACGACGACCGUCUGGUCUACCGUGGUCAGGACGGCAACCGACGGGCAGGAAACAAGCUACUGGACAACGACCGUGGCCGCAACAGCGGUCUGUCAUUAUCCAUCAGGAAAUGGUAAUAACUUCUCUCCCCCGCCCAACUGGCCGACCGACUGUCUCAGCCUAUG